GGAGCCCGGGGAAAGCCCAGCCCUGGGCGGCAGGAAUGAGUGAAGGGGACCGUGCUGCCGCAGCCUCCUGGGACCUAGUGCGCCUGGCUGCGGCGUCCGAGCUCCGGGUGUUGCUGCCUCGGAGCCCCGCUCGCCCCGCCGGCCUGGCGCUCGCGGUUGCAGCUUGAAGCAGUGACGUGGCAGAGGUGGUCGGCAAAGCCGUGUUCCUCCUCCGCUGCGGAAGAGGUGGCGAGGCACUGACAGUGAGGCAGCAGAAUGAAGUUGGAGUGGUGUAGUCGAUUUGCCCUUUGCUCCAAGACAACCAGCCAGACCUUUCUGCUUGCAGGAGUGUUCAUUGCGUUGGGAUCGAGUCGAAUCCUCCUGAUGAAGUAUUCUGCUAAUGAAGAUAACAAGUAUGAUUAUCUUCCUACAACAGUGAACAUGUGUUCUGAAGUAGUAAAACUGGUCCUAUGUGUAGUGUUGGCCCUCUGGAAUAGGAAAAAAGAAAAGGGUUGUAUGGAUCAUCUCUCUGAAUGUUUUUCCUGGAAGAAUGUAUGUAAUUCCAUGAAGUGGUCAGUUCCUGCCUUUCUUUACUUUUUGGAUAACUUGAUUGUCUUCUAUGUACUGUCUUACCUUCAGCCAGCAAUGGCUGUACUCUUCUCAAAUUUUGUCAUUAUAACAACAGCUCUUCUCUUCAGGAUAGUGCUAAAGCGAAGACUCUCUUGGGUACAGUGGGCGUCUCUGGUGAUUUUAUUCCUGUCCAUCGUUGCCCUGACUCGAGGAACUGGAGGCCAUCAGCACAGUUUGGCUGCACAUGGAUUUCAUCACAAUAUGUUUUUUAGGCCAUCUAACCACUGCCUUCUUGCUACUGGACCUGAGGAAGCAUGUGUGAAAAAGGGCAACUGUGCAGCACCAAGUUUCCUUCAAAGCUUCCAGUGGAAUGUGACCAGUACCAUGGCAGGAGCAUUGAAGCCUCUCCGCCUCAGCCUGGGCCAUCUGCUUAUUCUAGUGCAGUGUUUUGUGUCUGCCCUGGCUAACAUCUACAAUGAAAAGAUGCUGAAAGAUGUGGAUCAACUUGGGGAAAGCAUCUUCACACAGAACAGCAAACUCUAUGCCUUUGGGGUGCUUUUCAAUGGGCUCAUGCUAGCAUUGCAGGCUAAGGACCGGAGGCAGAUAGGGAACUGUGGCUUCUUUUAUGGGCACAACAUCUUCUCCGUGGCUCUUAUAUUUGUCACAGCUUUCCUGGGGCUGUCUGUAGCCUUCAUCUUGAAGUUCCGAGACAACAUGUUCCAUGUAAUGACUGCUCAGAUCAACACUGUCAUCAUCACCACUGUGUCUUUUGUCAUCUUUGACUUCAGGCCUUCUCUAGAGUUCUUUCUGGAAGCUCCUGUAGUGCUUCUCUCAAUAUUCAUUUAUAAUGCCAGUAAAGCAAGAGGUCUGGAAUAUGCCACUCUUCAGGAAAGGGGAAAACUCAUCAAAGGAGAUGCAUGGGAGAGGUCAAGUGGGGAUGGAGAAGAAUUUGAGAGGUUGAAUAAACCAAGCAGUGACAUCGAUACAGAUGAAGAUUCCCUCUAGCAUGAGGCUGGCUUGGAGUGCUAUUACUCACAGUGAGAGAGAGUUAAACUUUUAGUUACAUAGGGAAGGAUUGUUUUUCCCACUGACAGACUAUUUGGAACUGGUUUGGGGCUGGAUGUCAAAUGUGGAUGAGGACAAUAUUCAAGCUGGAGAAUAUAUGGAGAGUUGUAUUCCUUUGUGCCUGUCUCCCAGUGUCUGGGGAAAUGGAAAUCUGGAAUGCCAUUGUAGCAGCUGGUGAAUUUUACAUGAAGCUUACGUGGCUUAACUUUGAAAGAACUUGAAUAAAACACAAGUUUGCUGAACAAGUAUGAAUGCUUCAUCUUUUUUGUGUGUGUUUAGAAAGGCUUUAUGUAGAGGCUUAGUUUGCACU